AUGCUCGACACUUUCCUCUGCUCAGAAGAGACUUGCAAUAACAUUCCUAGCUAUUUGAAUGGUGUAAGAAGAGUAUUAAAGCCUGGAGGUGUUCUGCUCGUAGCUUCUUUCAACUCUCCUGAUAUGAUCAGCGCAGUGUUCUCUCUAACCGAUGGACUCGACUAUCAAAUGGCUAUGCGCCAUUAUGAAGAGAUUGAAGGUCUGGAAUCACUGAGAGAUACUUAUUCUGGACUAUCGGAGGAAGAGUUGCGAGGACAGUACAGCUAUUUGUAUGUAUUACGGAAGGUCGAUGAUAACUAA